AUGAUGAUCGAAUCCAACAGCUUCUCAAUUGACCGGCAUCUUUUACCGGACUCCUCAGUAGAUUCGAGAUCACUGAAACGCUUCGUUCCGUUCCGUUCCGUUUCAUCUCACUUUUGCUGCUCUGGCAAAAUGAGUGUCUUUAUCCAUCUUAGGCCGUGCCCCUUCCCAUUCACCGAAUCUCACAUACAGCCUGAAUCCCACACAAGCUGCCAUCAAUACAGCUCUCAUGUAAACUUGAUUUUCUGUCUUUCAUCUUUCACGGUUUGUUUCUCCAGCAAAACCCCGAGGUGUACUUGUCCGAUUCCCGACCCCGAGGCACCUGCUCAAUUCGCAUAUGGGCCUCCCACACAAGUCCGAACAGUCCCACAGCCCGCAGUCCAAAUCUGUCUCUGUGUGUCGUGUCAUUCCUCCCAGCACAUCCCGAGAGAUACAUAG